AUCCGUUCAUUUGGUUGUUGUAUCGGUAGCGGACGCUCGCUGCACCGGGCAUUUCGGCCUUCAUUACUUCUAGCUAAUUCAUUAAUUGCGUGUCGAUUAGCUAAGUGAUAAUAAGAGUAAACGCCGGUGUUUUCCCAGAUUCGCGCAUUAAUUCUGGCGUUAGUUGUUUGGCGUCGAUUGCGUCGCGCGCGUUUCUUGUUUCAUAAACAAGUGCCACCGAGGCACUGGCACCAUGCGGUCGUUAUCAGCUCCAUAUGUCGCGUAGUUAUCGGGCCGGCGACACGCUCCACCCCUAGCUGCACUCACGGGAGACUCCCAGUGUUGACACAAACUUGCAUACAAAAUUACACAAACCUUAUCCACUGUCUCAAACUGUAAAUCUUAUUGGAAGUGACUGUUCAAUGUUUUAACUCAGUGCCUGUGUUGUGUUUUCCCAUGGGAUUGUUUUGAUUUGUGCAUAAUGGAUAAGAAAUUAGACUUAAUGUCGUUUCUGGAGUCGGACACGUGGCAGUCCUACUCCGAGGACUUGCUGGAGAAUAUCUUCUCUUUGGAGGACGGCUCUGGGAUCAAUCUGCUGGAUGACACGUUGCCCGACUUCAACCUCGGUGCUGACAGUGUCUCGCAGCCGUCUGACGGACCAAGCAGCUCGUGCUCCGACAGCGGGCUGUCCAGUGACCAGGCUGAGUUCGACUUCGAGCAGCAGCUCUCCCCGUUCCUCAUCCAGAACUCGUGCGACGAGGGUCUGCCUCCGCUGGUGGAGCCCCCGAGCCCGGUGGACGGCCAGGAUGUGGUGGUCCCCGGCGACUCGGAGGACCAGUUCGACAUGGCGCACUUCGAGCAGAACGUGGUGCCCGGGUUCAUUAACGGCGAUACAUUCCAGAGUCCUGGUAAAACAGGACGUAAACGGCGAAACUCCCAGACGCCGCAAGCCGUAGUGCAGCCUAAAGUGCAAAAGGCAACAGUGAAGCCGGUGGGCAAGGCCACCGCUGUGCAGAAACCCCAGCUGGUGGUCAAAGCGCAGCAGAGACCGCUUAAGGUGGCCAACAUCCAGGUCAUCAACCCGCAGCCCAAGGUCUACGCUAAGCCGAUGGACAACGCGCCUCAGAGGAAGGUCAUCCGUGUCGCUCCCAUGGCUGGAAACCCGCGGUCUAUCCUCCUUCCAGUCACGAUCAAGGAUAUGAAGGAUCUGAAGUCGAUCAAGAUCAUCAACGCGUCGGACCUGAAGAACGCCGGCAACAUCAAGCUGGCCGCCGCCAACCUGCUGUCCCAGAGCAAGCUCAAGGACCUGCAGGAGAGCAACGACUAUGAAUACGAGAGCCACACCAGCAAUAAUUGCGACGACUCCGGCACUGACCACAGCGACGACGACGACGAAAGAGACAAAGUGACUCACGACGGCAAGAACGGCUAUCCCCGUCUCGUUCUAACAGCCGAAGAACGCCGACUGCUGUCCAAGGAGGGUAUCAGCCUGCCGACGUCGUAUCCGCUCACGAAGCACGAAGAGAGGGAGCUGAAGAGGAUUCGGCGCAAGAUCAGGAACAAGAUCUCUGCGCAAGACUCGAGGAAACGCAAGAAGGAAUACGUGGAUGGGCUUGAAGACAGAGUGAAACAAUGCACAGCGGAGAAUCAAACGCUUAUUAGAAGAAUAAAGAUCCUCCAGUCGCAGAACCACACUCUGACAGCACAAUUGAAGAGAUUACAGAACGUGCUAACAGGCGUCUCCAGCCCCAACACCGGCAAGUCGACACAGCCGGCCACGUGUCUGCUAGUUCUGCUGUUGUCCGUGGCGCUAGUGGCGCUGCCGUCCAUGAAGGACGAGGUGUCUCGCCCGAGACACAACGCGGCGCCCUCCGCGCUCACUAGAGCGUUGCUUUCGGCCACUACUAACAAAGUGUUGGACGAGGCCGUGAUAGACGACGGCGAGUUCAACAUGGACGAGCUGAUCACAUUCAACCGACCUCACUCUGACCACGACUACCAGGUAGUCAAGACGCUCGCCAAGCCGCUGCCGGCCGGCUACCGGGACCUCCCCAUCGACGAGGACUGGCCGCCCAACCUCAAGAAGCGGAUGAAAAAACUUGAGUUCGACUACGAAGACGGUAGGGACUACCUACCGCCGAUAGUGAAAGAGGAGAACUACGAAAACUUCUACAAGAUCGACUCGAAAAUGGAAGUCGAGACUUUCGGUGACAGCUUCGUUAACAACUUCAUGGCGGCGGGCAGCAAGCUGGGCGAACUGAUGGCGGUGCAAAUACCGGUCAAGAACGAAGACCUAGUUAUUGAGGAGGUGAACGACUACGACACACGUAACAUCACCGAGAUCAAGAGCUUCGUAGUGAAUGGCACCCUCAACGACUACUGAUUGUAAUUUGUCCCGAUUCAAUGCAGAUUUAGAGUUUAUUUUUUAUUUCAUUUUCUACAUUUGAAAUGUUUUAUGCAAAUGCCUAUUUUUAUUAUCUUUUUUAUAUUUUACACUGUCAAUGAAAUUAUUCCUUAAGCGUUAGUGAGAUCAUGUUUUACGAAUUUUAUUUAGGUUAAGUGUUCUCUUGUGGUGAGUGUCCGGAUUGUGCAAGAGAUUUGUAUGUAUAUCUAGUAUUUAUUUUAGUCUUGAAAAUCUAAUAUAUUGGCAUAUAGGAUUCAUUUAUUUGCAAUGUGGAGCAUUUUUAUAUUAUCAUUUAAUUGGUGCAAUUAUUUGUAGUAGCUUUUGAGUUAGUACGAUUAGGCCUUUUCAAGUAUUGUAUCGAUUGAGACUUUGAAACACUAGUUUUAGGUAUGUUAUAAUUUUAAGAUUGGCAACAUUGUUAAAUUUAGUUAUAACUAUACUUUAUUUGAUAGGCAGGAGUUAUAGCUGACGAUUAAUUAAGUUCGAAUAAAUUUAAAGUUACAUGAAA